CUGAAGAGUGAAGAGUACGAACGUGCGAACCAUUUCUUCUUCGGUGUCAUUCGUCUCACUCUUACGCUGCUCAAGCUCAACGCUGCUGCUUGCUGCUCAUUUGCUCAUUGCUGCUGCUGCCGGCGUUGCAUGGUUUUGUGCUCGAUACUGGUUUUACUUCGGUUAGUUUGCAAAUUAAUUAUGGCAGAGAACAAGGAGCGUACUUUCAUUAUGAUCAAGCCUGAUGGUGUCCAGCGUGGACUCGUUGGGAAGAUAAUUCAACGUUUCGAGGAUAAAGGUUUCAAGCUUGUAGGGAUGAAGAUGGUGUGGCCGACAGAGGAUUUAUUGAAACAACAUUACUCAGACUUAGCAUCUAGACCAUUUUUCCCAGGCUUAGUUAAAUAUAUGAGUUCAGGACCUGUUGUACCCAUGGUAUGGGAAGGUUUGAAUGCAGUAAAAACUGGACGUGUAAUGCUGGGAGAAACAAAUCCAAAGGAUUCUGCACCUGGAACAAUUCGUGGUGAUUUCUGUAUUCAAGUUGGACGCAAUAUUAUUCAUGGAUCAGAUUCUGUUGAUUCAGCCAAUAAAGAAAUUAAGUUGUGGUUUGGAGAAGAUAAGAAAGAGGUCAUUGACUGGGCGUCCUGGGCAGAGAAAUGGAUAUACGAAUAAAUUAAAUAGAAUAAUUCUUCA